AUGGCAUACCAAAGGGUGAUCUCCCUCCAGGGAGAGCUUCCUCAGGCUAGAUUUGGGCAUACUACAACUACUGUUGGAGGCGGAAAGGUUAUUCUAUUCGGUGGAGCUGUCGGAGAUGUCGGAAGGUAUACCAUCACGGCCGACCUCUACCUGUUCGACCUCAACAACAAUGUAUCUACUAGGCUGAUAUCCGAGAAUACACCUUCACCACGCGCAGCACACGCGGCUGCCUGUGUAGAAUCUAUGCAGGUGGUCGUGUUCGGCGGCGCUACUGGCGGAGGGUCGCUAUCGUCCGACGAACUGUACCUCCUGGAUCUUAGGAGAGAAAAACAUCUUUCAUGGAUCACUGUGCCUACUACCGGCCGUUCACCCGGUAGACGUUAUGGUCACAGUAUGGUUUUUAGCAAACCCAAUCUGGUAGUAAUCGGCGGCAACGACGGUCAACAAGCUAGCAAUGAUGUUUGGUUUCUCAACGUAGAACAUUCUCCAUUCUGUUGGGUGGAAGUCAUAUUCCCCUCGACAGUGAAGCAACCUCCGAAACGUGUCUACCAUUCAGCUGACCUCUGUAGGGAGGGUCCGGCGGCUACUAUGAUAGUUAUUUUUGGGGGUCGCUCAAGUGAUAACAAGUCUCUAAAUGAUAUCUGGGGGCUCAGGCAACACCGCGACGGCAGUUGGGAUUGGAUGGAGGCACCGGUAAGAUUUGUGUCUGCUCCCGAGCCCCGCUACCAGCACUCAUCGUGCUUCGUGGGUACCAAAUUGGUCAUCAUCGGUGGUCGGAAUGACAGCGAUUUCAACAAGCCGUUAUCUAUAUCUGCUUACGAUACGGAAACUGUUGAGUGGUUCAACAUCUCUUCAAUACACAGAUUCCGCCACUCCUCGUGGAGUAUCGGGGGUCAAGUCUACAUUUUUGGUGGAUUUUCACAUCAAACUCAAAAGCAUCCUACAACUGAAUUGAGAGAAGUAGAUUGCCAAGAAGCAUUUUCUGACUAUAUUAAGGCGUCCGUGGAUUCAACUGGUGUAUCCCGUGUUGGAAGCCCGGGUGUAGCAGUUGGUGUACCAAAAGUUCCCGUGCAUCAUAUUACUGUGCAACCCUUAAAGCAGCCUACAAAACCUGCUGAACGUGAAAUUAGGUUGUCAUCUCACGCACAUGCUGUCCACGAGAAUGUAUCUGAUUUUUCCUACCUCGUACGCAAGAUAUCUAUCGAUAAGCUAGAAGAGGAGGGUCGUAAAAUCAACAAGCCGGAAGCCCGUGCACAGCUUCGGUGGCAGAACGAAGAUACUGACACUGUGUAUGAUCGUGUUAUACGUACCCUACUAAACCCAAACUUCACAAACGACCAGGUCACAAUGUCAUACAAUGAAACGUCUUUUCCCAUUGCUUACCAAGACGUUCAGGGUCUCUGUCAUUUGGUCUAUCAGAUAGUAAAGGAAGAGGACACGGUGCUUAACCUUCGUGCUCCUAUAAAAGUGUACGGUGAUAUACACGGGCAGUAUUACGAUCUCAUGCGUCUAUUUAAGCUCUACAAAUGCCCCUUAGAGGAGUCAUUGGCGGAGUCCAUUGGUGCAAUUGGUGACAUCGAUUCGAAUGAUUAUCUUUUCUUGGGUGACUACGUUGACCGUGGUUCAAACAACCUGGAGGUGAUCUGUCUUCUAUUUGCGUUAAAAUGCAAAUAUCCUACCCAGAUACACAUGUUACGUGGUAACCAUGAGGAUCCGGGUAUCAACGCUAUAUAUGGUUUCCAGGAUGAAUGCCGUCGUCGCUUGCGGGAAGAUUGUGAUAACCCAUAUAGUUGUUGGAAUAGUUUUAAUGAGAUUUUUGAGAUGUUACCGCUAGGUGCUAUCAUUGAGAAGAAGAUUUUAUGCGUUCACGGCGGUAUAGGCAAGACUAUUUACCACGUGUCUGACAUUGAGGAGAUCGUGCGUCCCGUUACGGUGGCCCCGGUACCUCAAAAUGAGCAGGAUCAAAAGAUUUUGGAUAUUUUAUGGUCAGAUCCCACUGACAGCGACUCUGUCCUCGGUACUGUGCCUAAUGAAGUUCGUGACCCUGAGAAGGUGGGUCACAUUGUCAAGUUUGGACCCGAUCGCGUUCACAAGUUCCUCACAUCAAACGACCUUCAGUUGAUUAUUCGUGCUCACGAAUGCGUCAUGGAUGGUUUUGAACGUUUUGCUGGAGGUCGUCUUAUUACUUUAUUUUCAGCGACAAACUAUUGUAACCAUUACAAGAACGCCGGCGCGUUACUGUUCAUUCGGCGUGAUCUGACUAUCGUGCCAAAGCUUAUUUAUCCAUCAAAUUCUGACACCAAAUGUAUGGAAACCUGGGAUAUGCAAAUGGCGGAGCUUCGACCCCCGACGCCUCCCAGAACAGCUCCUAGGAUGCGGGAGAUAAACUACGAUACACCAUCCGACAAUUGUGCGACAUCUGUCGUAGCCGAGGGUUUUGGUAGCCCAGAGCUUCUGGGUCGUAUUAGCUCCGUCGACCCGGUGAUCGCUUUGCUGGGCGAACAGGACUGUGCGUCACGUGAGCUCGGAUUACGUCAGCUUAAUGUACUCGUGGAUAAAUUUUGGCCGGAAAUUGCGGACAGUCUAAGUGUAAUACAUCAUUUACAAGAUGACCCUAAGUUCCACGCUCGAGAUUUGGCUGCGUUAGUGUUGUCUAAGGUGUACUUCCACCUAAACAACUACCCUAAAGCUUUGGAGUAUGCCCUCGCAGCUAGAGAUCGCUUUAAUUUGCAGGAACCUUCGGAGUACGCAAAGAUCAUAGUCGCAAAUGCUAUUGAAGAGUAUAUACGUGAUAGGCAGGAGCUUCAGGAUGGCAACACUCCUCGCACUGUUACUGGAGUUGAGUUGGGAUAUAAAAAGCAGCUUGAGGCAUUGGUUACUAAGCUGAUAGCAAUGAGUGUAGCUGCCGGCGACGAACAGCACGCAAUAGGCAUUGCUCUGGAUGCGCGUAGGCUUGACUUUAUUUGUAACAUACUUCGAGAGAGUGCAUCUUCCGGUACUCUCAUCAACUACACAAUGGGCAUAAUGGAGGGUGUAAUAUGUCGUGAUUUUUGCACUCCUCUGUACGAUAAUAUUCGGGACAUAUUGCUGGGAAUGCCACGUGAAACUCUAAUGCAACACUACCAGAGUUUGGUAACGUGUCUUUAUAGACUGAACAAUCACGACCAAAUGGCAAAGUUAUUGCAAGACCUGAUCGUAACUGACGACCAUUUGAGAGCAUAUCAAAUAUGUUACGAUCUUGUCGACAUCGGUGACCAAAAGUUUCUCAAAGCACUUAAGGACUCCCCUGCGUUAAAUGUUGAGGGUAACAGCAUGAUGGAGCGCGCCAAAGACAUUUUGUCUGGCACCAGCACGACCGAGCUAUAUCUGCAGUUUCUGCACAGGAAGAACCACACCGACCUACGACUGCUUGAACAAUACAUGAACUGUGUUGACCAACGUAACAGCAUAGCUCACAAUGCUGUGGUUGUUGCACACUCCAUCAUGCAGGCUGGAACCUGUUGUGAUGUCUUUUUACGCGACAACCUUAGUUGGUUUGCCAAAGCUAGCAGUUGGGCCAAAUUCACAGCCACCGCUUCAAUCGGUGUUAUUCACAAGGGUUAUGUGCAUCACUACAGGAAAGUGCUGGCGUCUUACCUACCCGGUCAUGUCCCAAACACUGCACACGCAUAUUCUGAAGGUGGUGCUCUUUAUGCUGCCGGCCUGAUAAUGGCGAACCACUACGACCCUGAUGUGGUUACCAUGCUGCUAAAUCACCUGCGGUAUGAGGGCGCUGAUGAUGCACUGUAUCACGGUGCGGCUCUUGGUUUAGGUCUUGUUUGCAUGGGACAAUGUGAAUCGAGUAUAUAUGAGGACCUUAAGGCCAUCUUGACAAAGAACAAUGCGAUAUCAGGUCAGGCUGCGGCUAUUGCGAUUGGUCUUCUGAUGCUUGGUAGUGGUAAUUUGGAGGUGUUGGAUACAUUAUACGCCUUCUGCACCGACACUCAGCAUGAGAAAAUCCUUCGAGCCUCUGCUCUGUCUAUCGGCAUGGUUCUUUACCGUUGUGAAAAGGAUGCCAACCUGAUGAUCAACAAGCUAGCUAAGGACAAUGAUCCCGUAGUGCGUUACGGUGGCAUGUUUGCGUAUGCCAUGGCUUACUGUGGAACCGGUUCGAGCAAGGCUAUAAAAGAGCUAUUAUAUGCUUCUGUAUCUGACGUAUCUGAUGAUGUGCGUCGUGCAGCUGUCAUUUCGCUUGGAUUCGUCCUAUGUAACACCCCCGAGGAGGUGCCAAAGGUGCUCAAGCUUCUCGUGGCGUCUUACAAUCCACAUGUACGAUACGGUGCAGCUCUUGCUUUGGGUAUAAGUUGCGCUGCAUCUCCUCAACCCGAAGUACUACGAUUACUGCAUUCACUGUCAUCGGACACUACUGACUUUGUUAGGCAGGGUGCCUUCAUUGCUCUUGGUCUUGUAUUACAGCAGAGCAAUGAGGAUACUAGUAACGACGUUAUGCAAGUGAGAGAGUUAUUUAAAUCGGUGGCUGGGGAGAAGCAUCAGGACAUCAUGGCUAAGUUUGGUGCCAUCAUCGGUGCUGGUCUUAUGGACGCUGGCGGCCAGAACUGUGUGGCAUCAUUAUACACCUGUCGUGGUAACAUGAGGGUGGAAGCUGUGGCAGGUUUUCUGAUGUUUUCGCAGUAUUGGUAUUGGCAUUCGUUCAUGCACUUUAUCUGUCUAACGUUACAGCCUACGUGUCUAAUAGGUAUCACAGGUAAUCUGCAGAUCCCUACUGGUUACAAGGUGCUGUGUACAGAACCUCAGAAGCAGUUUGAUUAUGUGCGUCACGUAACCGACGAGCCUAAGGAUACCCGAAAGGGUGAGGUGACGGCUGUAUUAUCUAUAUCAGCCAAACGUCAUGCGUGGCUUUCUAGCAACAAAUCGGUCGACCAUAGCGAAGAAGCUGGUGGCAAGCCAGAGAAAAAACCAUCUCCAGACGACACUGCAUCUGUAUUAUCUGACGGUCGUUCCCAGAGGAUGGAGAUCUCCAGUGUCGCUGCUACUCUGGGUCAAUCUAGCGUUGCGUCUCGUGACGGCAGCAGUGUUGAUUAUUGUGGCGACGUGGUAAUGACUAGCGACGGUGCCUCUAUAUCAAGUCACAACGAGUUCCUCAGUGCUGCGAUGUUAGAGGAGAUUAGUGAAUCUAACGUUGAUCACCCUAUGUCCGCUGGGACAUUGUUGAACAACCCCUGCAGGAUGUUACCUCGUCAGCAGAUGCACAUUGUUACGCCUCCUGCCAGUCGUUAUACCCCUGUAUUUCCCGACCGUCGUUACGGCAUAGUGCUACUGCGUGACAACACGCCAGGGGAAUCUGAGGAAUUUGUUGCUUGUGAGGCUCAACAGCCUGAGGCGCCACCAUUCACCCCUUUUGAGUAUAAACGUCAACAAUGA